AUGAAUGGGGAUAGUGUUAGCAAAAGAUUGCAGAAGGAAUUAAUGGAGUUGUUAAUGUCCAACGACAAAAGCGUGACGGCAUUCCCAGAUGGUGAAAAUCUCACUCAUUGGUUAGCAUCUAUACGUGGUCCUGAUGGAACGGUAUAUGAAGGUCAGCAAUACAAACUUUCACUUGAGUUUGGUCCUAACUAUCCAUACAGUCCUCCUAAUGUGCGUUUUGUUUCUAAAUGUUAUCAUCCUAAUGUUGAUACUCGUGGAGUAAUAUGCUUAGAUAUUCUGAAAGAAAUGUGGUCUCCCUUACUGACUGUAGAAAAUCUGCUGUUAUCCAUUCGAAGUUUAUUAGCAGAACCCAAUAAUGAUAGUCCUUUAAAUGGCCAAGCAGCCCAACUCUGGUCUAAUCCUUCUGCAUUCCGUACUGAAAUGAUGAAAUUUCAAGCAUCAUCGUCUAACAGCUAG